UUGGGUGCUUCGGAGGGUUUUCUUAGCUCGUAUCUUUAUCCACUUCAGGCAGCUGUGAUAACUAGGAGUAUUUGCGACAAAACCGGUGAACUGGGCUGCCAUGCGAGGCAUUUUGAAGCUGUACAUGAGGGCAGUGGUACUGCUGAAUUCUGGCGAUUGCUAGGGCUCGAUAUAGGCAAGAUAAAAGUGCCGAAGGAGUAUGUGCCAGACAAUCUGCUCGAUUUAUGCGAGCCAUUCGAAAACGUUGCCGCUCGACUCAAUACUGUCUAUGAAGUAUCCAAAGACUAUGCAUUACAUCGAAUUUCGGAAGCCGAAAUG